CGGAGCCACGCGGCUGACGCAUGCCUCGCUGGGGCACCUGAUGUGUGAGUUCCCCUGGGCUGUGCCGGCUGUGCCCGUUGUACGGCAGCCGCUGCGGCUGGAUCCUACUCAGGCGCCGGUUUCGGAGCCUGCGCCUGGGCCUGGGCCCAUGCAUGCUGGGGUAGUGGCAGAACGACUAGUACCGCAUGGGGUGAGGAGCGGAGCCGGAUGUGCUGGCGGCGGCCCAGGUGGUCAUGGCGGCAGGGAUGGCGGAGGUACUGCCGGUCUUGCGGGCUGCCUGGGGAGCGGCACAGCGGGAGGCGCUCUCAGCACUACUGCGCUUGUGUUUGGUCGCGAGGAAAGCGGCCUGACGGAGGUUGAGCUGCGGCAGUGCAGUCACGCCUGCGCCGUCCCCACGGGGCGCCUGCAGCCCUCCAUGAACCUCUCCCACGCGGUUGCCGUGGUGCUUGGGGAGCUGUUCAGCCGCCGCUGCGGCCUGCUGCAACCCACCCCGGACACCAACCUGGAUCCCCUUCAGGGGCCUGCGGACCAACGGGUGCCUGGGCGGUCCGGCUUGGAGGGGAACUCGGGUUCGAGAGCCAGCAGAACUGGGAGAAGCUGCGAUGCAGGCAAGGAAGCAGCGGAGGAUGAGGGUGGAGAAGGGGUUGCGGCUGCAGAAGGGUUGCUGCUGAAGCAGCAGCAGCAAGCGUCUUCCCGGCAACGCGAGGAGACGGAGGCAUUUGGUAGCGCCGGUGGCAGUGGUGACGGAGCCUUGUCCGGGGGAUGCAGGAUUGCAGCGGAAGCGGUGGCUGAGCGGUCAGCAGCGGCGGUGACUGCUGGGCUAGCGGCAGCAGGAGCGGCACCCGUGGAGGCCGGACUGCUGCCGGCGAGUAGCCACGAGGUGGACUUGUUAGUAAGGAAGGUGGCGGCCAUAGCGGAAGCGGUUGGCAUGAGCGGCGAGGAAGGGCAUGGAGGCGGCAAUCGAGGUAGGGCGGCGCAUGUGCACAGCCAACUCAUGACCACCGCAUUCCUUGUCCACAGGAGCCGUAAAAUCCGUAUUUACCGGCAAUCUCCUGUAUGUACGAGACAAACUGCGCACAGUCCAUGUAAGGAUGACCGAGCC